AUGGCAGUUGUUUGGCUUCUAUCUAUUUUCCUCCUCAUCUUUAUCCUUAUCGCCGCCGUGAAACGCAAUAAUCAGCGGCGGUGUCGGCAACCACCAUCUCCUCCCGGCUUACCGUUCAUCGGAAACUUGCACCAGCUCGGAGUCUUACCACAUCGUUCUCUAUGGGAACUCUCAAAGAAGUAUGGUCCUGUGAUGUUAGUGAAACUUGGAAGAGUUUCAACCGUUAUAGUCUCUUCCCCUGAAACAGCCAAACAAGUUCUUAGAGACCAUGACCUUAAUUGUUGUACCCGUCCAAGCCUAGAAGGCACAAGAAAGCUCUCUUAUAACUAUAGAGACAUUGCUUUCUCUCGGUAUGAUGAUUACUGGAAAGAUUUACGGAAGCUGUGUGUCAGGGAGCUAUUCAGUACUAAACAAGUGAACUUGAUUCAACCCAUCAAGAAGAUGGAGAUGAAGAAGCUGAUUGAUUCAAUCACUGAAUCUGCCUCUGAGGAAACUCCAGUUAACUUGAGUGAGAAGUUUCUUUCUCUAAAUGUUAACGUCGUUUGCAAGGCAUCAUUUGGUGUGAGUUUUCAGGGAACUGUGCUCAACAAUGAAAAGUUUCAAGGUUUAGUCCAUGAGGCUAUUGAGAUGUUGGGGAGCUUCUCUGCUUCAGAUUUUUUCCCAUAUAUCGGUUGGAUCUUUGAUUGGUUCACAGGUUUACAUGCAAGGAGAGAGGCAAGUGUGAGAGAUUUAGAUGCUUUCUAUGAACAAAUGAUUGAUUUACAUCUCCACAAGAACAGAGAAGAUAGAAGUGAAGAUGACUUUGUGGACUUGCUCUUGAGGCUGGAGAAGGAAGAAGCUGUUCUUGGACAUGGCCAACUCACAAGAAACCAUAUCAAAGGUAUCUUGAUGAACGUUCUUCUAGGGGGAAUCAAUACUUCUGCAAUAACCAUGACAUGGGCAAUGGCAGAACUCGCAAGAAACCCACGAGUGAUGAAAAAAGUUCAAUCUGAAAUCAGAGACCAUAUAGGCAAAAACAAUGAAGUCAUAAGCUUAGAUGAGACAGAUAAACUCAAGUACUUGAAAAUGGUGAUCAAAGAAACAUGGAGGUUACAUCCAGUAUCACCUCUUCUAGUACCAAGAGAAGUAACAUCUGAGUUCAAGAUAAACGGCUACACCAUUCAACCAAAGACAAGGCUUCAUGUCAACACGUGGGGUAUUGGACGUGAUCCCAAGGUAUGGAAAGAUCCAGAAGAGUUUAUCCCAGAGAGGUUUAUGGACUGUGACAUUGAGGCAAAUGGGCUACACUUUGAGUUGUUACCCUUUGGAGGUGGUCGGAGAAUUUGUCCAGCAAUGUACUUGGGGGCUACAACGGUUGAGUUUGGUGUUGCGAAUCUCUUAUAUCAGUUCGACUGGAAGCUGCCAGAAGGUGUUGAUGAUGUUGACAUGGAUGAAGCUUUUGGACUCACUGCCCAUAAGAAACAUGAUCUUCUACUUGUUCCUGUGAAAUCUUAG